AUGCGUGAACCUCUGAAAAUCCUGAUGACCUCCACCCCCAUGUAUAGGAUCCUUGGGAAACCUGUGCAUCGCCUUAUGUCCAAAAUUGGGAGCUUGGAGAAUUAUUACCACUUUCACCACAGCAAGACGUUCAAGCGGUCGACGGUCAGCAGCAGAGGCCCACACACCUUCCUCCAGAUGGAUCCCAAGGUGCAAUGGAUACAACAGCAGGAAGUGAAGAGACGAGUUAAGAGGCACGUGCAAAGUGACCCACACCUCCCAGACUUCAGUGACCCCAUGUGGCCGAGUAUGUGGUACUUGCACUGCGGGGACACGAGCAGUCGCUGCAGGUCAGACAUGAACAUCCUAGGAGCCUGGCACAGAGGCUACACCGGUAAGAAUGUCGUCGUGACCAUCCUUGACGAUGGCAUCGAGAAAAAUCACCCGGAUCUCGUACAAAACUAUGAUCCUCUGGCGAGUUAUGAUGUCAAUGGGAAUGACAACGACCCGAGCCCACGCUACGAAGCCAGCAACGAGAACAAGCAUGGCACCCGCUGUGCUGGAGAAGUCGCAGCUUCCGCAAACAACUCCCAUUGCAUCGUGGGCAUAGCGUACAACGCAAAGAUCGGAGGCAUUCGUAUGUUAGAUGGAGAUGUAACAGAUGUUGUCGAAGCGAAGUCGCUUGGCAUCAGACCCGAUCACAUUGACAUUUACAGCGCGAGCUGGGGGCCAGAUGAUGAUGGGAAGACAGUUGAUGGACCCGGUCCGUUGGCCAGACAGGCUUUUGAGCAUGGCAUUAAAAAGGGCCGUAAAGGACUGGGCUCCAUUUUCAUCUGGGCAUCAGGAAACGGUGGCAGAGAAGGAGAUUACUGCUCUUGCGAUGGUUACACUAAUAGCAUCUACACCAUCUCCAUCAGCAGCACGACUGAGAACGGUCAAAGGCCCUGGUACCUGGAGGAAUGCGCUUCAACCCUCGCUACCACCUACAGCAGCGGAGCUUUCUACGAUCGGAAAAUUGUUACCACGGAUUUAAGGCACCGCUGCACAGAUGGCCACACGGGAACCUCCGUCUCUGCACCCAUGGUCGCUGGCAUCAUCGCCUUGGCCUUAGAAGCAAACCCUUUACUGACGUGGAGAGAUGUUCAGCAUCUGAUUGUUCGAACGUCCCGGCCGGUACAUCUGAAAGCACCUGACUGGAAAACAAAUGGAGCAGGACACAAAGUUAGCCAUCUAUAUGGAUUCGGCCUGGUUAAUGCAGAAGCGAUUGUAUUAGAAGCAAAGAAAUGGAAAGCGGUACCUCCCCAGCAUCUCUGCAUCGGCAGCUCAGAUAGAAAAAACAAGUACAUCCGCCCCAACCAGCCAGUGCGCGCCACCACGCUGACCAGUGCCUGCGCCGACCACCCUGACCAGCGCGUGGUGUACCUGGAGCACGUUGUUGUGAGAAUCAGCAUCUCCCACCCACGCCGUGGGGACCUGCAGAUCAAUCUCAUUUCUCCCUCAGGGACUAAGUCUCAGCUCCUGGCACCGAGAGCGUUUGAUAAUUCAAACGAAGGAUUUAGACACUGGGAGUUCAUGACUGUCCACUGCUGGGGGGAGAGAGCCGAGGGGGAAUGGACUCUGGAGGUCCGCGACAUGCCGUCCCAAGUGCGCCACCCUGCUCAUCAAGGGAAGUUAAAGGAAUGGACCCUCUUUUUGUAUGGCACGGCUGAGCACCCGUACAACACCUUUGGCUCCCAUCACUCCCAGUCAAGGACGAUGAAAAUUUCCAACUCGGAAAUGGAGUCCUCCAAAGUGUCGUUCUUCCAGAGUCAGGUGGAGGUGGUGGAGGAAGAAGAAGAAUACGCAGGUCCAUGUCAUCCUGAAUGCGGCGACCAAGGAUGCGAUGGUCCUAAGGCAGAUCAGUGCUUGAACUGCAUCCAUUACAGCCUGGGAAGUGCUAAAACUGGCAGGAUGUGUGUGAACUCUUGCCCUUCAGGGUUUUUUGGGGACGACACAGUGAGAAGGUGCCGGAGGUGCUUCAAAGGGUGUGAAAACUGCACGGGCAGGGGCCAGACGCAGUGCACGGCUUGCAGGCGUGGCUAUUACCACCAUCAGGAAACGAACACGUGUGCGAUGCUAUGUCCAGCUGGGUUUUACUCAGAGGAACGUCAGAAGCGCUGUCUCAAAUGUCAUCAAAGCUGCAGAAAAUGCAUUGGCCAUCCCGAUAAAUGUACCGCGUGCAAGGAUGGAUUCAGCCUGUCAGGAGACAGCUGCGUCCCUGAAUGCCAGCCCGGCAUGUACCUCAGCAGAGAGGCCAGGAAGUGCGAGGGGUGCCAGGCCAGCUGCCAGACAUGUGCAGAGCCAGGCAAAGAGGAAUGCGUGCCAUGUGCCAAAGACUUACACUUGCAUGAGUGGCAAUGUGUCCCUGCCUGCCGGGAGGGUUUUUACCCUGAAGAGAUGAACGGCAUCCCUCAGAAACUCUGCAAAAGGUGUGACAGCAGCUGCUCAGUCUGUGAAGGUUCGGUGGGGAACUGUGUCAAGUGUAAGGAAGGUUUCAGCCUGCUCCGGGGUUCAUGCGUGACCAAUGAAACCUGCAUCAAUGCUGACAAGAAUUUCUGCGAGGUGGGGAAAUCCAGCAAGCUCUGCGAGAAGAAGCUGUUUGUACUGUUUUGCUGUCAGACGUGUCUCAUGGCUGGAUAGAGCUCAGCGUCUGCCUCCAGGAGCUCCUCCGUCCUGCAAGUCCAGUUUUGCCAAACCUUGAGGACUAAAGUUUAUUUUUACAGCUUGGGCAGAGUUUACAGGGUACCAUCCAGCAUCCGCUCCUGAGUUUGACAGCUUUAAUAUCACUGUCCAUUGGUUUCUAUAGCAAUAUGUGUAGUAGCUUCUGGUCUGGGUAAGAUCAUGUUCUUAAUCAUUAAGUCUUAAAGGAUACUAAACAAAUGGUGAUAUUAAUACUCUCAAACACUUCUUAUGAAUGGGGACUGAUGUGGGAUCCGGAUGCGGAGGCCUGCUUCUUAGCAAAAGUGCGUCUGAUUCAGCCUUUCCGAGUGUAUGGCAGGAGCUCACAGCUCGAAGGACACAGGUUUCUGUAGCUCAGAGAAGGAGAAGCCAUUUUUGGUUCAAUACUCUUAUGCUAGCUCACACCUGAUAUAAGUCCUCAUUGCAAUAUUUUUAUGCUCUGUACAGAUGUAAAGUGAUGAAUUGGGUAAUCUGCUAGAUCAAAGCUCUAAAGCAAACUUAUUUGAGCUACUCUUUGGUUCCAGUUGCUGUUUGUUUUUGUCCAGCCAUAGAUUUAGCUGUAAGUAGAGAGUGGAGCACCAAACUCAGAGCUGGAAUGAGUGGAUGAGUGCAUCUGACCUGCUCACCCCUGGUCUGAAGUUAGCCCAGAGUGUCCUCGGCCAUGCAGUAUUCCCUGCAGCAAACCCAGGCACCUGCUCAGAGGGACUGUAAGCAGGCACCCACCUGAACUAGCGUGGGGUCACUGGAUACAUGUUUUCUUCCAAAAUCGCAGGCAAGUCAUUGCCAGAGUCAGUUUUAAUCGGUGAAACAAGCUAGAUCUUUCCCAUCUUGCUAAAUGAGAUGUUUCUUCCUAUUUGUAUCCACCUGCAUUUCAUAUCACAGCCUCUUCCAUAUGCCAACACUUUGCUGGGCUCACACAUCUCUCCGGUCAAGUCCUCCCUGGAUUGACAGCAGGAUGACUUUCUUAGGCAUCCAUUUCCCAGAAAGACAUUGCAAUGGUCCAGCCAAGAAAUGCUCUGAUUAUACAGAAUGGGUCCGUAAACUUGAUCAGAAUCUGUUUGCUCCAUCUCUGACUAGUACGUCACACCAUGUUUAUAUAAUUAUGUUUAAAAUAUAUUGGGAUACUUUGUUUUAAAGAGGGUUUUUUUUAAAUAAUUUAUACAGUCAUUGGUUUCUCCAUACACUAUUUUUUAUGGGGAGCAGGGAAUCUUUUACAUGUCUCUCAUCCUUCCUCUCUUUUGUGACUGCUAUGUCAGACCUUCCAGAUAAGUGCUUUUCACCAGGUAUACGUAAACGGUACAUCUUAUGUUGCAUGUUCUUUCAUUGUUAAUAGUCCAAACAAGUUAAAUCUUUUGCCAGCAAAAUUCACAGUAAAGACAUAGUCUGUUCUUUAUGAAGUGAGAAUAAUCCUUUUUUUUUAUAAUUCCAAUUAUUUGCAUUCUGCCUUGGCUUGUCCACUAAACCUUACCUCAAGCCAGUGAACCGGUGAGAACUAAACUAUCCGUGUCCCUAAAACAGAAUGGAUCCAUCACCAGAUAAAGGCAAAGCUUCUAAGAACUGGCCGUUCCAUUAAUAAAAUAUUUACAGC